UAAGCGGCCGGCCGUGAUCUCACCGACUACUUGAUGAAGAUCCUGACCGACCGUGGCUACAACUUCACCACUACCGCGGAGCGGGAAAUUGUGCAGGACAUCAAGGAGGAACUGUGUUACGUGGCAUUGGACUUUGAGCAGGAAAUGGCCACCACCACGUCAUCGUCGACACUGGAGAAGUGUUACCAGUUACCGGACGGACAGAUCAUUAUGAUUGGCAAUGAGCGGUUCCGCUGCCCGGAGGUACUCUUCCAGCCGGCUUUGAUUGGCAUGGAAACGUCCGGUGUGCACGAGUCGGUGUACAACUGCAUAAUGAAGUGUGACGUCGAUAUCCGCAAGGAUCUGUACGCGAACACGGUGCUGACCGAGUACGAUCAGGAGGAAAAUCAUGGCACAACCGAAGCGCAAGUACUCGGUCUCGGCAAGUCUGCCGUCAAGUAUGGCGGCUUCCGCUUGAAGUCUGGAAGUCAUAUUAAAACGUUAGACGUGAAGCUGAAGCCACUCCCGGCUCAACCGCAGAUGGUCGCGCAGGUUCAGAUGUGUAUCGAGCACGGCUCACGGAUGUGA